AUGUCUGUUCCUAACUUCGGAGACAUCGCCAAGUCGGCCAACGACCUCCUCAACAAGGACUUCUACCACCUUUCUGCCACCACCUUCGAGCUCAAGAGCAACACCCCCAACAACGUUGCUUUCAAGGUCACCGGCAAGACCUCCCACGAGAAGAGCACCGCUGGUGCUAUCGAGGGCAAAUACUCCGACAAGGCUACCGGUACAGCAACCACCACCCAUCGUUUAAAGCGCUUGAAUCUUAGCUUGGGUCGAAUAUAUGGACGGCCUUACGGCAGUCCAGUCUCAUUCGCAGCCAACGUAUCGCCAGGAUUUGCACAUUUGCUAAUGUUCUACCAUCGCGCAGGCCUGACCCUCACCCAGACAUGGAACACCGCUGCUGCCCUUGACACCAAGGUCGAGCUCGCCGACAGCCUCGCCAAGGGCCUGAAGGCUGAGGGUGUCUUCUCCUUCCUGCCCUCCGCCGGUGAGAAGGCCGCCGCCAAGAAGGGCGCCAAGUUCAACCUCACCUUCAAGCAGAGCAACUUCCACAGCCGCGCUUUCUUCGACCUCCUCAAGGGUCCCACCGCCAACAUCGACGCCGUCGUCGGUCACGAGGGCUUCCUCGCUGGUGCCUCUGCCGGCUACGAUGUGAACAAGGCCUCCGUCACCGGCUACGCCGCCGCUGUCGGCUUCCAGGCCCCCACCUACUCUGCUGCUAUCACUGCCAGCGACAACCUCAGCGUCUUCGCUGCCUCAUACUACCACAAGGUCAACUCCCAGGUUGAGGCCGGUGCCAAGGCUACCUGGAACUCUAAGGCCGGCAACAACGUCGGUCUUGAGGUCGCCAGCAAGUACCGCAUCGACCCCGUCUCCUUCGCCAAGUUCAAGGUCAACAACAACGGUGUCGCCGCUCUCGGCUACAACGUCCUCCUCCGCGAGGGUGUUACCCUUGGCCUCGGUGCCUCCUUUGAUACCCAGAAGCUUGACCAGGCUACCCACAAGCUUGGUGCCAGCUUCACCUUCGAGGGCUAA